ACCGCCCAACCGAGGCUUGGUGCGGCUCCGCGCGGGUAUCGGCAGGGCCGCGCUAGCUAAAAUGUAAUUUCAGAUUGGACAAGUGGAGGGACGGCAAUGCCCGGCGGAGAUCAGGAACUCGGGAGCUACUACGUGGGUGUGGACGUGGGGACAGGCAGUGUCCGUGCAGCUCUGGUGGACCAGAGGGGUAUCCUCUUGGCUUUCGCAGACCAGCCAAUCAACCAGUGGGAGCCUCAGUUCAACCACCACGAGCAGUCCUCCGAGGACAUCUGGGUUGCGUGCUGCAUCGUCACAAAUAAAGUUGUACAAGGGAUUGAUUUAAACCAAAUUCGAGGGCUUGGGUUUGAUGCCACGUGUUCUCUGGUUGUUUUGGAUAAGCAGUUUCAUCCUUUACCAGUGAAUCAUGAAGGGGAUUCUCAUCGAAACAUCAUCAUGUGGCUGGACCACCGGGCGGUCAAUCAGGUCCACAGGAUCAACGAAACCAAGCACAGUGUCCUGCAGUACGUUGGGGGCGUGAUGUCCGUGGAAAUGCAGGCCCCGAAGCUUCUGUGGCUAAAAGAGAACUUGAGAGAGACUUGCUGGGAUAAAGCGGGACAUUUCUUUGAUCUCCCAGACUUCUUAUCGUGGAAGGCAACAGGUGUCACAGCACGGUCUCUCUGCUCCCUGGUGUGCAAAUGGACAUACUCUGCAGAGAAAGGCUGGGAUGACAGUUUCUGGAAGAUGGUUGGUUUGGAAGACUUGGUUGCCGAUAAUUACAGCAAAAUAGGAAACCAAGUGCUGCCUCCUGGAACUUGUCUUGGAAAUGGGCUCACACCAGAGGCAGCAAAGGACCUUGGCCUUCCUGCUGGAAUUGCAGUGGCAGCUUCACUAAUUGAUGCCCACGCAGGAGGACUAGGAGUGAUUGGAGCAGAUGUGAGGGGGCAUGGCCUCGCCUGUGAGGGACAGCCGGUGACGUCGCGGCUGGCUAUCAUCUGUGGAACAUCUUCUUGUCACAUGGGGAUCAGCAAAAACCCGAUCUUUGUACCAGGAGUCUGGGGCCCUUAUUUCUCAGCCAUGGUCCCUGGGUUCUGGCUGAAUGAAGGUGGCCAGAGUGUUACUGGAAAAUUGAUAGAUCACAUGGUGCAGGGCCAUGCUGCCUUCCCUGAACUACAAGCCAAGGCCACAGCCAGAUGCCAGAGUAUCUAUGCAUAUUUGAACAGUCACCUGGAUCUGAUUAAGAAGACUCAGCCCGUGGGUUUCCUCACUGUUGAUUUACAUGUUUGGCCAGAUUUCCAUGGCAACCGGUCUCCCUUAGCAGAUCUGACACUAAAGGGCAUGGUCACCGGAUUGAAACUAUCUCAGGACCUCGAUGAUCUUGCCAUUCUCUACCUGGCCACAGUUCAAGCCAUUGCUUUCGGGACGCGCCUCAUUAUAGAGGCCAUGGAGUCAGCAGGGCACUCGAUCAGCACCCUUUUCCUCUGUGGGGGCCUCGGCAAGAACCCCCUUUUUGUGCAAAUGCAUGCGGACAUUACCGGCAUGCCUGUGGUCCUGUCGCAAGAGGUGGAGUCUGUUCUCGUGGGUGCUGCUAUUCUGGGGGCCUGUGCCUCGGGGGAUUUCGCUUCUGUACAGGUACAUCUUUGCUUUUGUGAAGUCUAAACUCUGGUGGGGUCUGUGAGAAGAGGCAACACAGAAUAAGGGCAUCAAAAUCAAAAUUCAAAGUCUGAAACUCCCAGUUCCCUAUGACCCUUGAGAGAUCAUUUCUGCAAAUUUCCCAACCAUCAGGAGCUCCACAGAAGUAAAUUGGAGAGGUGAUAACACACCCAAGGACAGACCCAGCCUAUGCCUUAUGUCCUGGUCUAAUUAUUAAUAAUCGAUCAUUAAACUGUCCAGGACUCAAAGGAGAAUUUAUUGGGAUAAUAAACUAUGGCUACCCUUAUUAAAGGCUCCUUCACCUCUCCUGAGGCAACAAGCCCCACAGAGGCUGCUGUUUCCCUGGGCAGGAACCCAUGGUGGCCAGUUGAAGGGCUGCAUUUGUCCUGCCAGAGGCCUGGGCUGGUUGACAGCCUGGAACCUGGAAGAUGCCCUUGUGGUGGUAAAUCUGUGUGACUCCCAGCCCAGCGGCUCCCACCAUUGUAUUUUUUUGUAUCAAGUCGAAGGCCAACCCACUUUCAAUCCUUUGAUGAGGGAAAAUAUGUCAACACAAUGGUCCACUGAACUCUGGGCAUAGACAACAUGCAAUGCUUUUUGGGGUCUGUAGCCUAAAUGGUUUUACUCCAGAAGAUGUGGAAUUAAAGAUAAAGCAGACAGCUAAUUGCUGUUAAACCCACAUGCUCCAAACCAACCAUUAUGGUCUCUUCUCAGUUACAGAACCAGAGAGGCUUUCCCUAGAAUAGGCGUUGGUAGACUGGGCUUUGGGGUGAGAAGCAAGAAGGAGGAAGAAGGGGAAGAGGAGGGCAAGAGAGAAAUAACACGUCACAGAGGGGUACAGUUCUGAAAUGCACAAAGUCUGUGCCAUUUAAUUGGGAUUACUUUUGCUUUUUAUCCCACGUGGAUUUCUUCUUAUCCAUACGGAAAGAAAUCUUUGACAAUACCUGCUUCAGAGUCUCAGGUUUAAGAAGCCAAUCACUGACCCGAGGAAAAAGAGACAUAAAUCACUUUCAAGUUCUUCAGACAAAGAACAGCUCGAGGCAAGCUGGAGCGUUUGCAGGGCAUUUUUGUGACAUUUCUGGAUGCCCUUUGUUUCCCCCUUUCAAGAAAAGCCCUUUCUUUGCUUGCCUUCUCACAUAACAGCUUGGGAUUCUUGUCCCCCCCAAAAAUGCAUUUGAACUUGUGGGUUUGUUAAGAGUCAGGGCAUGAAGCAUUUUUCCAUGGUAGAAAAUUCUGGCAUUCCAAAGCAGAACUAAUGUGAGAUUUGGGAAGGCUGCCCUAUUUGUGCACUUAAUUAGGGCUCCCCAAAGGCAGCUGAUCCAUUGGUGUCAUAGGAAACCGACGCCAAGGCCAGCGAAGGCUGCAAAUGUGUGAGUACCCAAGAGGGGGGCGAAUGUAGAUUCCACACCUGUUCCCCACUGCCUUGGAUCAGGACUCAAGGGAUAUAAAGACAAGGGCUUGCCUGAAAUGCUCAUUUGGAUCCCAGGCCUGAUUUCAUCGUUCUGUGUGUCAGCAGUGUUUGAGUCAAGUCCCAAAACACUUGGAGAUAAAGGAUCAGAGUUAUAGGUUCUAUUUGGAUCUAUGAAAUAAGAUCUUGGUUCUGAAGAUCUGUGAAGUUGACAAAAUUACAGUGGAAAAACUAUAGACUUUAAAGACCAACCAGCCUGUGCUUUGAGUCUUACUCUGCCACUAGUAGAUGGUGUCAGUUUUUGAAGAAGUUAUCCGGUUAUUUCCGAGAUUUAGUUUUCUUCCCUAUAAGAGGCCAUACUAACACCUCUUCCAUGGGUUCAUUAUCGUAACAACAGCUGACAUUUGUUGAGCAAUUACGGUGUGUAAGGCACUGUUCUAAGAGCAUGAACUGUAUUAACUCUUCCAUCCUCUGUAGACCGUGUAAGGUAAAGUCUGUAUUAGAGGUUGGCAAACUGCUCCCCAUGGGCCAAGUUUUGCCCACUGCCCAUUUGUGCAAAUAAUAUUUUACUGGAACACAAUUAUGCCCAUCUGUUCAUGUCUACUCUGUGGCUACUUUCAUGCUAUAGCUCCAAGGUUGAGUAGUCGAAACAGAAACUGUAUGUCCAACCAGAUCUAAAAUAUCUACUAUCUGGCUUUGUACAGAAACAAAUUUGCCAACCCCUGCUUUAAAUUAUCCCAAUUGAAAGAUGAAGAAAAUAAACCAUAGGCAUUUUUGGGGGGCUGUGCCCCAUGGCAUGUGGAAUCUUAGCUCCCCGACCAGGAAUCAAACCCACACCCCCUGCAUUGGAAGUGCAGCGUCUUAACCACUGGACCACCAGUGAAGUCCAACCAUAGACAUUUUAAAUAGCUUAACUGAGGUCGUACAGCUGGUGACAGAUAGACCUAGGAUUAGAACCUAGUAUCCUGACUCCAGAACUUGUGACCUUCACGAGUAUCCUACGUGUAUAAUAAUAUACAUGAAUUACCCAGUGCAGUGCCUGACGCAUAGGAGAUGCCUGACACAUCUGUUUGCUUAAGCGAUCCUUUGCAUUCCCCCACGGUUCUCCUUUUCCUUCUGCCUCCUUUUGCAGCUUCAUAUCAAUUUCUAUUGCCUUUUCCUUCUCUUCUGCCAGAUUAUGUUUUCAAUUCUGCAGACUUCUGGGCAAUUUUAUACCCAUUAUCUCAAUGCAUCAAACAACCCUGUGAGGUCGGUAUCAUUAUCUUCAUUUAAAAGAUGUAGAAACCACUCCCGACCUCUGAACUCCCAGGAGUUUUUACACUUCAUUUGUUAACCCUCAGAGGAAACGUUGCUAGGAGCUUUGGGAACAUUUAUUUAAUGCUGACAACUAACAUUAGGGAAAAAAUAUCGACAGUUACUCGAGAAAGGAUUACAAUCUAAUUGGGGUGAGAAAAUAGUGUAAAAUAUUGGAACAACAGCAGGCAUUUUUAAAGUUAAGUUAUUUAGUACAGAUCGUGAGUGGGUGUGAAUUCAGGGAGCUGGGACAAGAGGAUGGACCGGGGGUGUGGGGUGCAGGCAGGGACGGUUUCCAGGAGGCGGUCCAAUGUGAGCUGGGCCUCUAACGUGGGGCAGGAUCUUAAAAAGAGAAUCUCAGAUUUGAGUAUCAUGGGAGUGAGGAAAGGAACCACAGAGAGAAGACAUAGAAAUGGAAAUGUCUCAAAGGGACAGGCCCAGCAAAUCUCAGAGAACUCUGGCAAAUCAGAAUGAGUAAAUAGGGAACAGGUUGUGUUUGACUUUGAAGGCCAGAGAGAGAAUAAUAAUAGUGCUAAUUAUGAUAACACUUAGGUGCAGGAUUGCUGACCCAGGCACUCUAGAUUCAUACUCUCCUUUAACCCCACCAACCCUUCAGUGAUACAGGUGUUGUCCUGUUUCACAGAUGAGAACAUUUGAGGCUUAGAUUGUAGCAAUCAAAUGUUAGUGGGAAAAUCAGAACUAUUCCACAGGCCUAGUUCAAGAGCACAGGGCUUUUUGUUGUUACUUUUCUUCUGUGGAUGCACGUGCUUGCAGGUGGGGUUUUAGAUAUGCCCAUACAGUAUAAUCUUAGGCUCUGCUGGUUAAAUUGUUCUUGCUUUCUCUGAUGCUAUAAUCUAUUAUCAAUUGCCCGUGGACUCAGAUGGAGAACACCAGGAAUUAGAUGCUCUACACCUGGACCACUAUGAUACCUCCCAUCGCAGGCACUAGGGAGCCAUGGAAUGCUUUUGAGUGGGAGAUGCCAUGAUGAAAGGAACUACUCUGCCAACGAAGUCAGGCUGGAUGAGAGCUGGGAAAGACAGGAAGGAGGAGGUAGUAUGAACUCACAAGUGUGAUAUGCAGUUGUUAGCUCACCUUGGAUUGAGCCACAAGAGCUAGGGUUUGGGGUGACUGAAGAGGACAUGGCAAGAAGAGAAGGGUAGAUUUAUGGAGUCAGAGGGCCAUGACCCACACUGCUUAGACCUUACUACUAGACAGCCAUGCUUGAUGAACAGAGGACUUGGAGUCUGAAGAUUUAGGUUCACAUCUUGGCUCUACUGCUAAAGUUGCACUGUGUGAAGAAAGAGGGAAAAGGGAAGAAUUAUAUGCUGUUUGAGUUAGACAGCAUCUCAUGUGUCUUCCCAUCAACUCUGGGAGGUGGUGAUAACAAGAGCAAUAGGUAACAUGUAAAUACUUCUGUGUGCCAGCACUUUCUGUGUUCUCCUUCUAGCCAUUUCUCUAUAUUUUUAAUCUUCAUAGAAACCCCAUGAGAUAAGGGGCAUUGUUAUUCCCUUUGGAUAGAUGAGGUGACUGAGGCACAGAGAGGUUAAGUAACAUGGCUGUGGUCACACAGCUGGUAAAUAGAGGAACUAAGCUUUGAACCCAGGCAGUUUGGCCCCCAGAGUCCAUGCUCUUAGUCAUUUUCACACUGUCUCUAAGGCAUGUUUCACCUCGAGGAGUGUUCUGGGGGUAAGGUUAUUCUAUGCCACCCUGUAACCUGCACACUGACAGUCCUGCCUCUGCACCACAGGGUCAGGGACCUCCCACUGAGAAGGCUUCCUGCCACAGCCUGGUACUUCUCACAGCUGUCUGGAACCUUUCACUCCAUCCUCCACCCAGACCCUCACACCCUGACCUCCUGGCUCCUGGCCACACCCAUUGCCCUUGAUUCUAGCUUCCCACCCCUGUAGGACUUGUGCCCCUGUACCACACCUCCAGCUCCCCUUCUCUGAACAAUUUGUUUUUGUCCUUUAGACACUUUUACCUCUUUGUUCAAGGUAAGACUCUAGCACCCAGGUUCCUCCCCCACCCCAUGCCAGCCCACACAAGUGGCAUCCCCAUCAGAUUUGUACCAGCUUCUGGGAACAGGACCGGACAACUUGUUCAGCCACUUUCUCAAGGGCUGGUCCCUGGCAGCUAUACCGGUCCCACCUGUUUCCGGCCUGGUAGCUGCCAAUCCAACUAGAUGGGACUAUUCUGGGAGCAGCAAGAAGACUUAGUCACCCUAGUUGAGUCUUCCUUAACAAAAGAAGUCGAAAGGCCUUUUGUUUUUGUUGUUGUUGUUUGUUUUCUUAAUGUGCAUUAAAAUUCUGCCCAGGAUGCUAUAGCAGUUAAGACAUGGCCCCUGAAAUCAGAAGGAUACGGGUUCAAAAUUCAGUUCUGCUGCUUGCUAGCUGUGUCAUCCUAGGAAAAUUGUUCCAUCUUAGCUCUUCAUUUGUAAAGUGGAGCUAAAAGAAGGCCUAUCUUAUGGGGUAGUCACAAGAAUUCGGUGAAAGGAUGUAUGUGAGCAUGUAUCAUACCACCUGACCAGCAGUAAGUGCUCAGUAAGUGGUAGUUACUAUCAGCAUUAUAUUAAGUGUCAUUAUAUAAAGUAUCAUUCAAGACUCCCUGGAGAUAGUUCAUUCAGACAGUUAUUUACUCAACGGACAUUUAUCAGGAGGCUGCUGUUUGCCAAAUCUAUGCCAGGUACAAAUAUAGGAUGUAUGUUUAUGAAAGGAAGGAAUGCAUGUUAAUCACUUAUUAUAGGCCAGACACUGUUCUAGGCAUUUUAGGGACAUAUUUCAUUUCACCUUU